AUGGCCACCACUCAAGUCCAUCGACUCGGCCAGGAAUUGAAGAUCGUGGAUCAGGUCUUUGAGCCGCAGAUCAUCACACUUUCUGCACUUCUGCGAGUGCGGGAUUCUUCCAUCGGGAAAGAAAUCGUCCCUGGCGCGUCCGACACGCGAACCAAAUCGCUCGCCCUCGAGUUGCCUUCACUUGGCCGGUUCGUGAGUCGCGUGGGCCAAAAUAUACAGUCUGUCAAGAGUCGGCUAUGGAAAGGCAUCAUUCCUCUAUCGGAGCAGCGAUGGCUCGAGAAAGGACUCAAUGAACCGGCCCAGUUUGACAUGGCCUGUCAACACGUGUCCGCUGUGCUCGCCGCAUUUGAGUAUCUCAACCAACCGCCGGUCGCGAAGAGUCUCCGUGACGCUUUCAAGCUCGUUUGGAAGCAUUGGAGCCAAGCUGCGCUGCCAAUGGCGGACUAUGCGAUUUGGCUGGACAUGCAUGUGUACCACGGUCGCAAUGCGCCCUUGCCUGGACUGCGAGGGUCGGCACUGCGGACGCCUGAUUUUGUUCAGCGGCAAAGACUGUACGUGGAGAGAUUGAGGCAGUUGACGCGCCUCGCCAUCUACGAGAGCACCGCGGGUGGCCGUGGAGACUUGCCCUAUACCCUGCACCAGACGGCUCUUGACCAGAUUGCCAGCCAAAACCAGUUGCGGAGGGAGCUUCGUGCCCUGUCGCCCAUCCGGGGAUACGGUCUGGUUAUCUACCGUCUCACGCACUCGCAGAGCAAUACAGAAUGGCCGGCCUUUGUAGAGAAGCUGGAGGCGCAUGUCGCGGACUGGGGAAGAGGACAAACUGGCUGCAAGGCGAUCCAGCCCUAUUUGAAGCUGCAUUGGCUGGAUGGAGAGGCCCUCGGAAUCUCCGAAGGCGAUUGUGAGGCUGCUAGAAAAUCCACGACGGCUGUGUCACUUCAUACACAAACAAGUCAUAUUCAGCCGCCACCGAUAUGGUGCCUACCCGGCGACUUUGCUGGCUUUGUUCUUACAAUUGACGCUACAUAUAAGGUCGAAAAGAGCCACCAGGAAUCAGAAGCAUCACCCGAAUAUCCUGGCCAGAUGCGCAUUCUUGUGAAUUUGGUCUGGGGUGACCUCCAUGCUCUACUCAGAACUCAAAGCUCUUCACUCGAAAGCCUGUGGCCUCUUGCUCGGGAGCAUCCCAACUAUGUCUACGUUGGUCCCACGGUGCCGUUGCAGUUAUGCAGUUAA